AUGGAUAUGAAGUCUGGCAAUAACUCUCCUGUUCUUGCCGAUCCUGUGCCUGCAAACAAGUCAAGAUUGGGCAUGCGCUCCCAGUUGCUUUCAUUCACGUCAGGCUCAUCAGCAUGUUCUUCGGGAUCAUACUUACAGAUCCCUUGGAAGAAGACUAUUCCAGGGAAACUUGACGACGUGCGUGCUAGUGGUUGGCUGGAUGCCAUGAUAUCUUCUUCACCUCCCCACAAGAAGCCAAACAAGGACGCAGGUGUUGAGUGUUCGUCAAGUGACUCCGAUGCUGUUUAUCGCUCAUGGACGGUGAGUCUUCACCAGUGAGGUAGAUCAAGUUCAACAUGUUUUCCAGUUAAAAUAUCGUUAAAAGAUUGCCUAUUAUGUGACGCUGGAUCCAUUAUGCAGCUGAGAUACCCAUCUGCAUUGGCAGCGUUCGAGAAGAUCACAAAGUACGCCAAGGGCAAGCGCAUAGCUUUGUUUCUAGACUACGAUGGAACUCUUUCUCCCAUCGUGGACGACCCUGACCGUGCAUUCAUGUCUGAAGAGGUAAUCUUUGCGACGAAUAUCCGAAAGUCAAUACUGAUUCUAAAUCUGGAAAUAUUUACGACGAAAAUAUUCAAUUUAUCUUCAGAUGCGUUCCACGGUUCAAAGUGUGGCGAAGCAUUUUCCCACAGCCAUCAUCAGCGGAAGGAGCCGCAACAAGGUCGCCAGUCUUGCUGUUUACUACCUUCUGUUUGCUUCGUCCCGUUGGAUCACUAUAAAAUAGCUUAAUUGUUCAGGUCUAUGAAUUUGUCGGGCUAGCGGAGCUCUUCUAUGCUGGUAGCCAUGGAAUGGACAUAAUGGGCCCUGACAGAGUCUCUGAUCCCGUUGACUUCUCCUCAAAUCGCGUCAGAUUCGCCGACAAACAGGUGAAUAAUCCUCUACAAGCAUGCGAAAUGGCUACGACUUUCUGCAGCUUACGGUUGACUGAUGAUCUGCGAUCUCCAGGGCAAGGAAGUGAAUCUGUUUCAACCUGCGAGCGAAUUCAUUCCCAUGAUCGAUGAGGUAAAUGCCGGUGCUUCGCCGACUUGUCACAGAUGGAUUCCCCGUUUCUCGGAUGCUUGCUUAUUGUGUGCUUUAACAGGUGUUCAAGGCCCUCGUUGACAAUACCAAGGAAAUCGAAGGCGUGAAGGUAGAGAACAACAUGUUCUGUGUUUCUGUACAUUACCGUAAUGUGGAUGAAAAGGUGGGUGCGAGCAUCAGAAGCAUGCGACCUACUUUUUUACCAUUUUUGGACUUUAACUGUUGACCUUUGACUUCCCGUUGUCUCCAGUCAUGGUCCGCCGUCGCUCAGCUCGUCCAUGACAUCCUCAAGGAGUACCCUUGUCUGCGAUUGACUCAUGGGCGGAAGGUAAUAAUGUGAAUGAAACCGUGGAUCAGAGUACACUUGUUCUAGUCAACCCCCGGCAUCCCUCAUCUUCUUCUUCUUCUUCUUCGUUUCCAUUUCUGUCCAGGUUUUAGAGAUUCGCCCUGUUAUCGACUGGAACAAAGGAAAAGCCGUAAAGUUCCUGCUGGAGUCCCUCGGACUGAGCAACUCAGAGGUCGUCCUCCCCAUAUAUGUCGGCGACGACCAGACAGAUGAAGAUGCAUUCAAGGUACGUGAUCCUCCCGCCAUUGUCUCUUAUGAACCGCCGCCGCCGCCGCCAUCGCAGAGUCGUGUCUGACUUCCGCUGGCAUUUCAACAACAGGUCCUAAGAGAGGGGAGUCAAGGCUACGGCAUCCUGGUCUCCUCCGUUCCCAAGGAAACCAAGGCAUUCUUCUCGCUGAGGGACACCUCCGAGGUAACCUGUCUCCACAUCCCGGGGCAGAUUACGCUCGUUGACUUUUGGGUGUUCUUCUUCCGUUGACUUUUGGGUGUUCUUCAGGUCAUGGAUUUUCUCAAGUCUCUGGUGCAAUGGAAGCAAUCGGCUGCUAACCUGUGA